AUGAUUGUUACAGACUAUCAACCUCUGUCGUUAGUUGAGAACAGUGGGUUUUUGGAAUAUUCUAAAAAAUUGCAACCUCUAUUUAAGGUUCCCAGUAGGAAAACAUUAACUACAAAAUUAUUGCCAAAUGAAUACAACAAGAUCGUCAUUAAAAUAAAAAAUAUGUUGGAAAAUGUUGCUUAUUUCUCUAUUACAACUGAUAUAUGGACAUCUGAUAAUAAUAUACCUUACUUAACAGUUACAUGCCAUUUUAUUUUGGAUACUCGUUUAUAUUCACCCAUUUUAGCAACUAGAGAUAUGCGCGAAUCUCAUACUGGCGUCAAUAUAAGUAAUUUGCUUUCAGAUAUUUUAAAUGAGUGGAGCAUUAAAGAUAAAAUAGUGACUAUAGUCUCAGACAACAGAGCUAAUAUAAAAAAUGCUAUAAAUGUACACCUAGGUAAAUACCAUCAUCCAUAUGUCGUGCACACACUAAGUUUAAGUAUUAACGAAGCAAUUAUGUCGAAUAAAGUUAGGAAAUCUUUAUAA